AUGGGAUCCGAAGCUAUGGUUCCAGAAUGGGCAUCGGAGCCUUGCAUAAUGGGAAUCGACGAAGCCGGAAGAGGUCCCGUUCUUCGUCCUAUGGUUGGUGAGGAUGAAUUUGGAUAUAUGCUUGCUGAUAUACUCAAGGAAAAUAAUGUAAACAACCAAGGGAUGCGUUUUGACCCUGGUGCACGUACUGCCUUAGCAUUUGUUACACUGAGGAGUGACGGAGAGCGAGAGUUCAUGUUUUAUCGUAAUCCCAGUGCUGAUAUGCUGCUCCAAGAAGAUGAACUAGACUUAGACUUAAUCAGAAAGGCCAAGAUCUUUCAUUACGGGUCGAUCAGUCUUAUAACAGAACCAUGCAAAUCGGCACAUAUAGCUGCUGCAAAGGCAGCAAAAGAUGCCGGCGUAUUUCUGUCUUAUGACCCUAACCUGCGGCUUCCUUUAUGGCCUUCUGCAGAUAGUGCUAGAGAAGGGAUUUUGAGUAUAUGGGAGACUGCAGAUAUCAUCAAGAUAAGUGAAGAAGAGAUUUCAUUUCUUACAAAUGGUGAAAAUCCAUACGAUGACGCCGUUGUACGAAAACUUUUCCAUCCAAACCUCAAGCUACUGCUUGUUACUGAAGGUUCAGAAGGCUGCAGAUAUUACACCAAGGAGUUUAGUGGUAGAGUGAAGGGAAUGAAGGUGGAUGCAGUUGACACAACCGGAGCUGGUGACGCGUUUGUGGCCGGAAUAUUAUCACAAUUAGCUACAGAUCUUUCAUUACUUCACAAAGAGGAACAACUGAGAGAUUCUCUCAAGUUUGCCAAUGCUUGUGGUGCAUUGACUGUGACUGAGAGAGGUGCAAUACCUGCAUUGCCCACAAAAGAAACUGUUCUGAAUGCCCUGCUUGAACCUGUAUUGUAAUUUCACAUCCCCAUAUUUAUUUUUCUUUGGUGAAUUUUAGGAACUUAUUUAGUUAAUGCAGUAAAUAAGGCCCAAGUGUUUUAAUAA